AUGUUGAUCAGACACUCUCUCAAGCAAACAUACAGAAACGGUGCUGGCGCCUGCCUCGCUGCAGCUAGACACUACUCAAGCUUGCCCUUGACGGUGCCCAUCAAGUUGCCCAACGGCACUUCAUACGAGCAGCCCACCGGUUUGUUUAUUAACAACGAGUUUGUUCACCCCGUGCAGAAGAAGUCGUUUGAGGUGAUUUCUCCAGCUACUGAAGAGGAGAUCACCCACGUCUACGAAGCCAGAGAAGAGGAUGUGGACAAUGCCGUCAAAGCUGCCCAGGCUGCUUUCGAAGGUGGCUGGUCUGGCUCUGACCCUUCGGUAAGAGCCACAGCGUUGCACAAGAUGGCUGACUUGAUUGAUCAGAACGCGGAGACCUUCGCUCACAUUGAGUCUUUGGACAACGGUAAGUCCCUCCAGAACGCGAGAGGCGACGUUGCCCUUUGUGCAUCUAUCUUCAGAUCCACUGCUGGUUGGGCCGACAAGAUCUUGGGUUCUGUCAUUGAGUCUGGCGACAGCCACUUCAACUACACCAGAAGAGAGCCUCUUGGUGUGUGUGGUCAGAUCAUCCCAUGGAACUUCCCAUUGUUGAUGUUCACUUGGAAAGUUGCUCCUGCGCUUGCCACCAACAACACUGUCGUGUUGAAGACCUCCGAAACUACCCCCUUGUCCGCUUUGUACUUCUGUAAAUUGAUCCAAGAGGAGAACGUUCUUCCACCUGGUGUGUUGAAUGUUGUGAAUGGUUUCGGAAAGAUAACUGGUAACGCUAUCACUGACCACCCUGGCAUUAGAAAGGUCGCCUUCACUGGUUCCACUGCCACUGGUAAAGCUAUCAUGGCCAAGUGUGCCAAUACUUUGAAGAAGGUUACGUUGGAGUUGGGUGGAAAAUCUCCUCACAUCAUCUUUAACGAUGCUAACAUCGAGAACUCUAUUAAGAACGUGAUUGCUGGUAUUUUCUACAACUCUGGUGAGGUCUGCUGCGCUGGCUCGCGUUUGUACAUCCAAGAGGGCAUCUACGAUGAAUUUGUGACCAAGUUUGUUGCUGCUGCUGAGGCGGUCAAGGUUGGAAACCCAUUUGACGAGGACACAUUGCAAGGUGCUCAGAACUCUUGGAACCAGAUGGACAAGAUUUUGAAGUACAUCGAGUCUGGUAAGGCCGAGGGUGCCAAGUUGUUGUACGGUGGCGAGAGAACUGAAGGAAAGGGUUUCUUCAUUAAGCCAACCAUCUUUGGUGAUGUUACCGAAAAGAUGAAGAUUGUGACUGAGGAGAUCUUUGGUCCAGUCAUCACGGUCCACAAGUUUAAGACUAUCGACGACGCUGUCCGCUUGGCUAACGACACCGAGUACGGCUUGGCUGCUGGUAUCCAGUCAGAGAACGUGCACACUUGUCACGACGUUGCCAGAAGACUCAAGGCUGGUACUGUUUGGGUCAAUACUUACAACGAUUUCCACCCAAUGGUUCCAUUUGGAGGUUUCGGCUCCUCCGGUAUGGGCAGAGAGAUGGGUAAGGAAGUGUUGGACAACUACACCCAGACUAAGGCCGUCAGAAUGAAGGUCCUCGCUUAA